CUUCAAUAUAUUAUGUGUACUCGCGUUUUGUACGCUAUUCUCAACGGAAGUUCUCAAACUUUCAUGGUGGCCUUUAUUCAGGUUCGUUUUAUCAUCAAUAUCACUAUCACAUUAUUAUCACCAAUAAAAUUGGAUUUGGUCUUCUAUAUGUUUGCAUUAUUAUUUCUGGUGAUAUUUUUUGUGGACGAACAAAUAACGUAUUAUGAAUCGUUGUCGAUGUUUAUCAUUUACAUUAUUUAUGCGAUUAUCAUGAAGUAUAGUGAACGCAUUGAGAUGUUCAUUAAAAUUGAUCUGUUGAAACAGUCAAAGGUAUCGGACAAUGCAAUCAACAGCAAUGGAGAUAAUGAGAAGGACAACACGAACACCAAGAAUGAUUUCAAUAAUGAGAUGAACGACGAACAGAAGCAUCACUCUCAGAAUGUGAACGAUCAUAACAUUGCUGAUUCAAAUAAACUAAGCAGUUGCGCAUGUGACACUCAGUCAGCUGUAACAAGACGUCUGUCAACUCACUCAAUCCAUUGUCCACCAACAACUACCCGGCAUCAAAUGGCCGAUAAUCAACGUCGCAAAUCAGUACCGUUGUUGCAUUGUGGUGCUUUAUUCAGAUCGAGUAUUGCUACAUUGGCCAGAGAAGGCACACUCGAUACUGCAAAUGACACCGAUGCGAACGGAACUGCAAGCGAUAAUCAGAUCAGUUGGAGCAGUCUAAUGAAAAUAAAGAUUGACUACGCGAGCUCGAUAAUAUCGAACAAUGAAAAACCCGUGGACAUUUCAUGGCCACUAACAACAUAUGCUCGUUUCGUUUACGUCCUCCUUGCACCUAUUGUUCUAUCAUUGUACUUCACUUUACCGGAUAGUAAAAAACAGUCAUCAAGACGUUACUACGCGAUAACAUUCACCGGUUCGAUAUUGUGGAUUGCGUUAUUCUCGUAUAUGAUGGUCUGGUUUGCAAGUACCAUUGGAGAGACACUCGCGAUUCCAACUGAGAUAAUGGGUUUAACGUUGUUAGCUGCUGGUACAAGUAUACCAGAUCUUAUUACAAGUGUAAUCGUUGCGAGGAAAGGCUUAGGCGAUAUGGCUGUAUCAAGCUCGAUUGGCUCGAAUCUUUUCGAUAUUUGCGUUGGGUUGAUUGCCGGUGCCGUGGUUGAUUUACUUCGUGAUGGCACGGCUUACGGGAAGUGA